AAUCACCUUGAAUAUAAUCGUCAUUUCAAAAACUUGCCUAUAUAAACCCUAAUUCUAGGGCUUUUAUCAUUCCCUUACUCUGAAAUUCACAAGAAGCAGCCGCUACGGUGUCGUUGGCCUCUUACUUAGCCAAAUUUAAGGAUGGAUUCACAAAUUAAGUUUGCUGUGGUGGUGAAAAUUAUGGGAAGGACGGGAUCGAGAGGUCAGGUGACUCAAGUGAGAGUCAAGUUUUUGGAUGAUCAGAACCGUUUUAUUAUGAGGAACGUGAAGGGACCGGUCAGGGAGGGAGAUAUUCUCACCUUGCUCGAGUCUGAGAGGGAAGCUAGGAGGCUUCGUUGAUCACUUCCUCUUAUCUCCAUUUUGUUACGUUAUUAAUGUUUAUGUUGCGCAAGUAGCUAGCUGUUUCUUAUUUCUGAAAGGUAUCCAAAUUUUCAAAUCUAGACUUGGAUUUUGGGAGACUGAUUUAAAUGGAUGAGUUGUUUUUAAAGCAUAAUCAUUAUGUUUAAAUGAACUAAGUUGGUUUUUGAGAUUA